CACCAUACUGCUGUACGUGCUCUCUUCCUCUCUCGCCGCUUUCAGCCGAAACUACAUGUUCUCUCUUUGCGCUCGCCGUCAGCUGGUUUGAUGUUCGGUACGGCACUGUGUUUCAGUGCUGCCGUGAACUCGGCGAGAACUCCAAGUCAUUUCGAUUUCUUCAAGUGUAGUUAAACUCAAAUAAUAAAAUACCAAGCAAAACAAUUCAAGCCGUCCAAGUUUUCUUAUAAUAAUUCAAUGCUUUGCAACUACAAAAAAUAAAAAAAUAAACACCGUAAUAAAAUGAUGGAAGUAAGCCAGAACAUGGAAUUAGAAGAACUAUCAAUAGAAGGCGCAAUCAUGGGAGGAAUCGCCGAGGAACUCAUUGAUAAUAACAGCCCCAGUGAAAUCGGCAAUCGAUCGGGACGAUCGUCCAGGGAUGACGAAGAAUUCAAUGAAUUGACUAAUGGCGACGAAACAAUAGCAAUCGCCUGUCUUAAGACAACAGAUGGCCUGAAAGAAAAACGAAACGCUGGAAAUGACUUGGACGAGUUGCUGGAUAAAAUCAGUUCAAUUGUGGAUUGUCCCAAGGAUUCUUCAGUUUCUAACCCAGUGGCUGCGCCAGAACCCGAGGCGGCAUUCGUCAAAGAGUCAGCAGACGAUUGCGAUAAGGAAAAGAAAAGCAACCCUGCGGUCGAAAAGGAAAACACAGCUGACACAAAAGAAGAAGGCAAAAAAGCCGGAGCGGGUGAAAGCAGCGUGACGCGCGAAUCGGAGAAAACUGAAGCUGAAGACAGUGCGAAAGAGAUUGAAUAUACUGUGACAGCAAAGGAGGAUAUUGAAGCUGAAAGCUAUGUGGAAAAAGUGGUAGACAACAAAGAAGAUUCCGAGACAGGGGAGGAAAUUAAAGAAGAAGCAUCACAUGUGAAAAAACCUAGGGAGAAAACCAAUGGAGAUAGUUCUGCAGCCGAGAUCAAGAAAAAGCUAAGCCAGUCCACGGAUGAUAUUUUUCUGGAUGGUCUGGAUAACAUAUCGAGUUCAGAUGAUUUUGAUGCCACCAGUUCCCAGGACUUGAAGAAGUCGCAGACAUCCGACGAGAAAACCGCUGAGGCUUCCGAGUAUAAAGUCAUUUAUCGUGAAAGUCCCACUUAUGCUCUAGAUGACAUUUCCUCAGAUGAGGAAAUUCUCAAAGAAAAGACCCCUGGUAAGGAUCCCUUAACUGUACCAGUCAUCGAUCUAGAUUCUUCGGAGGAGUGUAUUGUAUGCGAGGACGACCUAACAGAUAACAAAGAAACUGUUCCCGAUCUAGCUGAACAUCAGAAAAAGGUUGAAGAUGAGAUUACUGAAGAUAAGGCCAAGGAGACCCUAGAAAAUACCAACUCAUUUGAGCCAAUGGACACUGACGAAGCAGAUAAAAAGAUAGCUGCUUCAGAAGAUACCCAGAAGCCAGAGGAUAAAGCUCAGACGGAGGAAACAAUGGAUAACACGAGUACCACUGAUGUGAUCGCAGUGGAAGUAACAGGAGAAACCCUCAAAGAUGCUGGCAAAAAGACGGAAAAGGUGGCAAAGAAUGCAAAGGAACACACAAGUAGUGAAAAUAAAAAGGAGCCAACGACUAAUGGUGUUACAGAUAGCGAACUAGAGAUCCCACCCAAGACAUUGUCAUAUGGGAAGGGCAUGGAAUUAGAAUUGUACACGGGAAAGAAAUCCCCUAAAGAAGCUUUCAAAGAUGCAGACUCGGAUGACGAAGUCAUCUUCUUUGAACCUAUUGAAAAGCCCAAGGAUCCAGAAGAUCCUGCGGAGGGAAAGGAAAUUAAAUCAAAAGUGACUAACAAUAUGGAAAACGACAUCGUUUUGGUAUCCGAGGACGAAGAAGAGGAGCUACCUCCAAAGAAACCCCAAGAUAAGGGAGCCCAGGGUUGCGAAAAGGAGUCCACCUGCCCCACUCCAGAUGACAUACCAAUAGAGUCCACUGAAAGCAAAGAACUUCAAGCGGACAAUUCCGACAAUGCAUGCGAUCAGUUCGAGAAGCAGAAGCUGAAACCACACAAUAACAUAAAGACCACUGCCACGGAAGACGGGGACAGCAACUCGAGCAGCAAUCUGUUGUGUCCCGCUGAAGCUGUCGAACCAGUUGAGCCGAACAAUGUGGAGGCUAGCACCGCGGAGAAAUCCAAUUCUGAUGUGGAGUCAGAGACGAAAGCUGAUGCAGAUGUGGAUGCGGAGCCAAAGCAGUCUCGACUGUCCACCGAUGGCAGCGAGACCGAACCCAUUUCCACUGUGACCAAGCGUAGCCACGAUUCCUUAUACGCCAGCCCCGCGGAAAAGGAAGGCAUUCCCAGUAAGAAGCGCAGGACUGAUGAUUUCGAUUCAAGUAGCUCUAAUGAUGGCACGCUUCAAAUUGAUUUGGAUGUACAGGACAAAAAGGUGGACUGCGAGUUGGUUAAGAAAGAAGACCCAGUAAAUAUAAAGGAACAAAAGAAGCUUAAAUUGCAGCUAAAACCAGAGCCAGAGCACAAAAUAGACGUUAAACCUCUGCGCCUUGAGUUCCUUAAGAGCUUUCGCAAGAGCUUUGACAACUUGACCCGCCAUGAUCUGGAAGAAUUCGUCCUCCAGAAGGUCGUUGAGGGUAUGAUGGUGAAAAGCGAGUUCGCGGAAAUCCGCUGCCAGCUGGACAAGAAUGAGAAGACGCUUGCCAUCUAUCGUCGCAGGCUAGCCGAAGUAUCCAAACAGUACCUCGACCUGGACACGGUGCACAAGCGGGUGCUGAAGGAUUUGGAGACCAAGAAUGCACAUUUCACGGCACCGGUAAGAAUUACACGAGCUGUUGGACUGCAAGUAGGCAUUCCUUUUAAGGUCAUGAAGCCGAGUGCAUCACACAGUGCUGUAGAUCAGGCACUUGCUGCUCCUAUGCGUCCGCCGUUGCAGUCGAUGCGGGCAGCUAGUUCGGUCGCGAGUUCCAAUGCGCAGCAGCAACAGCAACAACAACAACAAAAUCAUCAAAAGCAGAACCAGCAGCAGCAACUGCCACCGCAACGCUCCUCCGUUUCCUACAAUCAGACUCCUGCCUCGACUGCCUCUACUCCUGUACGCAGGGGAUGCAUGCAGAAGAUUACCCCACAGCGACCAGUGCCAGGAAACGUAUUGCCAGCAGCCCAGGUGAACAACCAGGCCACAAUAAGUGGCUUACAGACCUCUGCCCCUGGACCUCAAAGGCCUAUGCAUGCCUCAAAGCACACAGGAAGCACUGCAUCGGCGGCUGCUAUGCGGAACAGAGGUCCAUAUACAACCCAAAAGCAACAAUAUCAAGCAACCCGCCCUGUUCCUGGUCCCAGUCCGGGCAAGCAGGGGCCAAAAUGUGCAACAAAAGUGCGCUCAAUAGGCCCUAAGGGAGCUAAUAUGGUUUCGGUACCCAUUUCCCCAACCAGCAGUGGAGGACCAGGCGGCAGUGCCGUCAAUUAUGGCCAACCCAACCUGGCUCCGGCCAAGCCGAAGGAGAAGGCCGUAAUUGAUCUCACAGAUGAAGACGAUGCUGCGGCAGCUAUGGCGGCUUCAGCUAAUGCUGCAGAGGUCCACGCACAUUCACGGCAAUCAUCCAACAUGGCCGUGAAGAGGAAUUCUUUGGGGGCAACAGUGUCUGAGACAAGAGCCUCGGGAUCAGGUCGUACACCUGCUAGUGGAAAUGCUGUGAGAUUGUCGCCCCUGCAAAUGCCGAGAGCCAAUGCCAGACAAAUAGUCACCAAUAAUAGUGGAGGUCAGCGCCAUUCCCUUGGAUCGAACGUGACGAUGCAGAUACGGUCGGAGAAUACGCCGCCUUCCGCCACUCGAUUAAGGUACUCGCAUCCAGCGCCGCUGCCUUCAUCGCCUGCACAGCCCUUCAAUCCCGCCUGGAAACUUCCGCCGUCGCGGCCUCUCAUACGCAUCAGCCUAAUGGAUACAGGCAUUGUCAUCUCCUGGAAUCUGGAGGAUGCGAGUAGUAAAUAUGCUGAAUGCGUAACGUAUCAGAUUUUUGCGUACCAGGAGACACUACAAGAGCCCAGCACCGACUCCUGGAGGCACGUGGGCGAUGUCAAAGCCAUGCUGUUGCCCAUGGCCGUCACGCUCAACCAGUUUCAAGAGAACCAACGCUACUAUUUCGCUGUGCGUGGCGUGGACGCUCAUCAGCGCUUCGGAUCGUUCAGCGUACCCAAAACCUGGUCGUAAUCGGGAUCAUAUUUUUUUAUUUACAUAUAGUCCAUAAGUAUAAUGUAAUUUAAUUUAUUUAUGGUGGCAUUUCAGCUUCGUUUAAAAGUGUAACUCCCACAUUUAUAUCUGCAUCGGGCCUAUCCCAUGAUGAUGAAAUUAGCCUGAAUAAUUAGCUCAUAUUUAAGCGCCCAUUUCUCAAUGUUAAGAUACAAUUUAACAGUCGUGUAAAACGACUCAAAUCCCAUCCCGAGGAAAUUCCGUUUUUCGGAUAACGUGUAUCUUGCCAUAAGGCCGGCCUAAGGUUUUUUUUUUUUUAACUAUAUUCAUGAUUUUAUUUAAUUUAGUUGUUCCCGAUAACUAAGUUCUAAACUUAGAUGAAAUAUUACAAACAUUGAAUAAAUACUGAAAGAGCAAAACUUCGAUCGAGCAAAGAA